GUGCGAAUUGUUCAACUGGCAGCCAUACACACCAACUGCCGCACAUUGCCUGCCAAAAUCAUGGCAAUUUCGAUACGGCUUGCGGUAGAAAACCACAUCUACUUUAUAUGAGUGAACGUCGUCGUAAUCUCAUUUUGGAUUUGCAUAAUUUAGCGCGUUCACGCAUAGCCACGGGUCAAGUGACCGGUUACAAAAGUGCCUCGCAUAUGCCGCAACUUAAGUGGGAAAAUGAAUUAGCAUACUUGGCGGUGUUGCAUGCUAAACGUUGCAAAUUCGCUCAUGGUCAAUGCCAUAACACGCAACGUUUCCAUUAUAGCCGCCAAAAUAUUGGCUAUUACUGAAUAAGACGUGAAAUUAAAAUCACACUCAUGACAUAUGAAA